AGGAAGUGUAUUCAUGCUACAGCGGAGCCAGAAAGUUGGCAGAGUUAGCGUUUCCUGGUUAACACGGGGUGAACUCCUGCGUCCUCAGUCUGUCUUUCAGUCCUUCAUACUUCUCAGUAACAACACAGAAGACCUGGACAGGUGUUCAAACAUCUAAGUUCUGCCUGAGAGAAGACCAGGAUCAGCUGAUUUUUAGCAAAGUUCCUGCAGCUGUUUGCCCUGGGUGUACUGAGCUGACUGAGGGAUAAUCCAUGGCACUGGCGGGAGUGAAAGUCAUUGAGUUGGCAGGUCUCGCUCCAGCACCGUUCUGUGGCAUGGUCCUGGCAGACUUUGGAGCCAAGGUGAUCCGUGUGGACCGAACUAAGGUUUUCAUAACCGGGGACACUUUAGCUCGCGGGAAACGGUCUGUCGCCAUCAACCUGAAAACAGCAGAUGGCGUGGCUUUGCUAAGGAGGCUCUGUGUUCAGUCUGAUGUUGUGCUAGAGCCCUAUCGCAAAGGUGUUAUGGAAAAACUUGGUCUUAGCCCAUAUGAGCUACUAAGAGAAAACCCUCGUCUGAUCUUUGCUCGGUUGACGGGAUAUGGCCAGAAUGGGUGUUACGCUACAGCAGCUGGACAUGACAUCAACUACCUUGCCAUGUCAGGCCUUUUAUCCCGACUGGGUCGCAGUGGAGAGAAGCCCUACGCUCCUCCAAUUCUUAUAGCAGACUUUGCUGGUGGUGGUCUUACUUGUGCUCUGGGGAUUGUUUUAGCACUGCUGGAGCGGACAAGGUCGGGGAAAGGACAGAUCAUCGAUGCUAGCAUGGUGGAAGGAGCAGCAUUUACAGGUUCAUUUUUAUGGAAGUCUCUUCGUCUUGGUUUCUGGAAUCGUCCUAGAGGAGAGAACUUGUUGGACAGCGGAGCUCCCUUCUACGAUACCUACAAGACUCUGGAUGGACAAUACUUGGCUGUGGGUGCCAUGGAGGCAGAGUUUUAUGACCAGCUGCUUAAGGGCUUAGAAUUGGAUGCUGCAGAGUUGCCCCCUCAGAUGAGCAUUAGUGAUUGGCCGGAACUGAAGCAGCUUUUCACCGAGCGCUUCGCCUCAAAGACCCAGGCGGACUGGUUGAGAAUUUUUGAUGGGACUGAUGCCUGUGUCACACCUGUGUUGUCUUUCGACCAGGUGAGCUCUCAUCCUCACAAUAGAGAGAGAGGCUCUUUCAUAAAAAACUCCAGCGGGGAGGAGUUCCCCCGGCCAGCUCCGGUUCUGUCUCGGACUCCUGCUGAGCCCUGUCUCGCUUCCGACCCAGCAGUUGGAGAACACACAGUCGAGGUGCUGCAAGACUACGGCUAUACUUCAACUGAGAUAGACAAGAUGUUAGCAUCCGGCGUUGUGGAGUGUAAUGCUGUCAAGGCAAAGCUGUAGAAGAAGAAAUCGAUAGGUCCCUGAUGGCAAACUGAAAAACAAAUUUUAUUUUAGUGAUUUCAGUCAAAAUAAAAAUUACAUUUCUGUGUAUGAACUAUAAAACUUUAAGGAACAAAAGGGAAAAUUAUUUAUUUUUGCUUUUGAGGCAGAAAUCUGAGCUGAACCUCCAGGAUAACCUGACAUAAACACACUCACUCGUGAUGUGGGUGCAUCUUGACUUGAUGGUACUAAGGGCCAUGCUGUGCUCGCAUAGGGUACAUAGAUAUCAUUUAGGUUCUACAAUUGAUCAUAAGUACUUCAUUCAAUAGCUUUAUCUCACUUUUUAUUGCCUCUCUCGCCUUCUGAAAGACUGUUAGAAAGCGCAGCCACCAUUAAAAUAACCUUCCUCAUGAGUGAUAGAUAACCCACCUCAGGGUCAAAACUCGCCAAAACAGAUUUGUGGGCCCAGCGUGAAAGACCACGAAGCAGCGACAACACAAAUAAAACUUGUUUGUUUUCUUUUGUUCUCUCUGAGCUUCUAGGUUUGUCAUCCUAAUGUCUGAUGUCCACUUGCUCUGUUUGCAUUGUACAGCAAGUCUCAGGAUCGGAUCUGUUGCAGAUUUGUUGUCUUCUCAAAAAAUGGUCAGACACAGCAGAUACUGAACAUCUACAAUAAAAACAUUAUCAUUGUUAGGAGGAUUGGGCUGUAAGGAUUAAUGUAUUUUAUGGAGUUGCAGUCAGAUCUGCAGUAAACACUAUAAUUACAGAUAUAACAUCAAGUUUUAUAAAAACUAUGAAACCCGUUAGAAAUGAUUUCAAUCAGUAUUUGUGUCACCUGGUAAGGUAGUGUUUUUAAAUGAAUUCUCCUAAACUAUAGAAUUAUUGCUAAUUAUUAAAUGGCAGCAAAUAGUUGAAUGAAAACACAUUUCAGUCAAUUUCAUUCAAGGUUUAAUUCGUCUUCCUUUUGAUUUUAAGGCACAUUUUCCUCUCAGUUCAUUUGUGUUAAAAUUGUAUUGAUUAAUUAAUCCAGAAAUGUGAUAUUCACUCAUCGUAUUUUCUGCAGCAUUGUUUGCCAAAGUCACUAAUUUGCUAUCAUGACUGACCAUUAUUAUGUAAUGAUUCUCAUUGAAUUAAUGUUAAGAUGUAAAAAAUCUACUUUGAAGUUGUACAUAGAAAACAACAAAAUGAAAAUAAAAACAUUUUAUGCAAAACA